ACGUCUACGUAGAAAAUGUUGGUUAAAGUACUUGGGUUAGCUGCACUGCAUAAUCAAGCGCGUGCGCACGCACGUGUACGUUUGUGUAUAUAUUUAUACAAGUAGGCGUUAUAUAUAUAUAUUAUAUAUAUACACACAUGCAUACACGCCGUAUACGUACGUAUACUUUUCUCAGUGCACUAGUAAACUGGCAUGCAGCACAUUCGUCCGCGCGAGCUCUCGCGUGUUGCCUCUUCCUAUAUAAUACAUUUGUGUAUAUGUGUGUGGCUAUUUUACGUCCGCUUGCACUACGUUGUGCGCCACCCAGCGGAGUUCUCUUCGGCCGCGUUUCUCGUGUAUUCGUGCGAGUUCGUGAUCCUGCCUUCUUCUCUGCUCGAUCGUCUUUAUCUUCUUUUCUAUACGUCCAUAGGUGUAUUUCUACCUUUACUGUAACAGCUAACUCAUUCUGUGCUACUGUCAACGAGAUUUCUGCUUUAUCCUUGCCUCUGUUUCUGCCGGUUGGCUUGGCUCUCCUGUGUCGCUCGUGGUCGUGGCGUGGAAAUUGUGGAGAGCAGAGCCACCAUAUUAUUCUAUAUUCUACUAACAACGGUUACACGGAGUUCUUUUUUUUGUGAUUUUUUUUUGGUACAGACAAUUACAUCGGUUGGUGCGACGUGAUCACACGAUCGGUGAAUACGCGACGAAUUUUCUUUCGCGUUGUAGAUUCGAUAAAACAAACGGAACGCGUAGGUACGCACACAGAGUAUACCAAGGAAGUGUCAGUUUCAUCCUCCUUGGAAUGGCUGCACAUUGUUCUUAUGUCUGUGUUCACUGGCAGGCGGUUUUAAUCGCUUAGGAAAGAUAGGAUACUUUCACCUCUCUUCUGAUUUACGUUUAUGUCUCAUCGGUUUCCACUCAUCGCGCAAGAGGAUAUGACCUCUACGCGAGAUGUGGAGUGUUUUGCGAUUGAUCAGGUCGAAUUAGACGAAGGUCAUCAUUUAGAGUCAUCUAAGUUUCUAUUAACUUCUGAAGAUCCUGAAAGAUCUGUGGAUCCUGAAACUCAGGCACGAUUAGAAGCUUUAUUGGAAGCAGCUGGUAUUGGCAAGUUGUCAUCAGGCGAUGGGAAGCACUUGGCUGAUCACGAAGUGCUCCGUCGCUUAACAUCCAGUGUUUCUUGUGCAUUAGAUGAAGCAGCAGCUGCAUUAACUCGUAUGCGCAGCGACAAUCCACGCACACAAAACGAAAAGCGCUCUCUUGUAGAGGCUUGCAGUGACGGCGACGUUGGUACUGUUAAGAAAUUAUUAACCGAAGGACGGAGUGUUAACGAAACUACUGAGGAGGGAGAGAGUUUACUCUCUCUCGCUUGCUCUGCUGGUUAUUACGAACUUGCUCAGGUACUUUUAGCAAUGAAUGCUAACGUAGAAGAUCGAGGCAUCAAAGGGGAUUGUACCCCUUUAAUGGAAGCUGCCAGCGCGGGACACGUAGAUGUUGUGAGCUUGCUUAUUGCUCAUGGAGCUGAUGUUAAUGCUCAAUCGACUUCAGGUAACACGCCCCUUAUAUAUGGUUGUGCGGGUGGUCACGAAGAGGUAGUGCGAGUAUUGUUAGAAGCAGGCGCGAACAUAGAAGAUCACAACGAGAAUGGUCAUACACCUUUAAUGGAAGCAGCUAGUGCUGGUCAUGUUCCGGUAGCUAAAAUUUUACUAGAACAUGGCGCUGGAAUUAAUACUCAUUCCAAUGAAUUUAAAGAAUCUGCGUUAACAUUAGCCUGUUACAAAGGACAUUUGGAAAUGGUUCGAUUCUUAUUAGAAGCUGGUGCAGAUCAGGAGCACAAAACCGACGAAAUGCACACUGCCCUGAUGGAAGCAUCGAUGGACGGCCAUGUGGAAGUAGCUCGUUUGUUGUUAGAUUCGGGUGCCCAAGUAAAUAUGCCAACAGAUAGUUUUGAAUCUCCAUUAACUUUAGCCGCUUGUGGGGGUCAUGUUGAUCUUGCCAUGCUUUUGAUCGAGCGAGGCGCUAAUAUUGAAGAGGUAAAUGACGAAGGUUAUACACCAUUGAUGGAAGCGGCACGCGAGGGUCACGAGGAAAUGGUUGCUUUACUUUUAAGUCAAGGAGCGAACAUCAAUGCCCAAACAGAGGAAACGCAAGAAACAGCACUUACCUUAGCCUGUUGCGGUGGCUUUUUGGAAGUUGCUGAUUUUUUGAUUAAAGCGGGAGCCGAUAUUGAAUUGGGUGCAUCUACUCCUUUGAUGGAAGCCGCUCAAGAGGGUCAUUUAGAUCUCGUCCGUUAUUUACUUGAAUCUGCGGCAGAUGUUCACGCUCAAACGCAAACAGGAGAUACUGCGUUAACGUAUGCUUGUGAAAAUGGUCAUACCGAUGUUGUGGAUCUCCUGCUUCAAUUUGGUGCCGAUUUGGAGCACGAAUCGGAAGGAGGAAGAACACCAUUAAUGAAGGCAUGUAGGGCCGGACAUCUCUGUACAGUUCAGUUUCUUAUAUCAAAACGUGCAGAUGUUAAUAGACAAACAACAAACAACGAUCAUACACCUCUUUCACUGGCUUGCGCUGGUGGUCAUCUCACAGUUGUAGAGCUUUUGCUCGCACAGUCUGCAAAUCCAUUUCAUAAACUGAAGGAUAAUUCUACUAUGCUGAUAGAAGCUGCUAAAGGUGGACAUACCAGUGUAGUUCAACUUCUGCUAGAUUAUCCUCACAGUAUUAUGAUGAGUACACCACAUAACACAGCCCCUACGCCUAUGUUGCUUCCUCAACAACAACAACAACAACAACAACAGCAGCAGCAGCAGCAGCAGCAAUCGCAUCAACAGCAGCAGCAACAACAACAACAACAGCAGCAGCAGCAGCAACCGCAGCAAUCACAACAGCAGCAGCAGCAGCAGCAUGUAACUCAUCAACAGCAUGUGCCGCCCCAUCAACAACAUACCCCUACACAACCCCAGUCGCAUCAACAACAACAACAUGCUGCAGAACAACCACAAGUGCAGAAUCUGCAACCCAAACAUAAUACGCAAAAAUCAUUGUUAAGAAAAAAUCGAUCCGUAACCGUGAUGCCCGAUAUGAGCCUUACUUCUGCCGAGGCGCAACAAGUUCGUUCUCAACCCGCAGGAGAAUCUGUUGUAACAACUAAGGACGAUACUAAUAUUUUGGACAAAGGUAGUGGAGGAUUUACCAACCUUUCAGAACCUAAUAUAAGUCUUAGCCCUGCUCCAGCCCCAACACCAGGGUUAAAUAUCUCCGAAAGUCGAAAGAAAAGGAUUCUUGAGGACAUUCAAAGGGUAGAAAGAGAGCUUCAAAUGAACGGUCCGGAGGAUUAUUUCUCCGGUCUAAGAAAUUCUGUUGUGACUCAACGACAACAACAGCAACAACAACAACAACAACAACAACAACAACAGCCAGAAGAUUCUAGCGAAACAGAAACGUUAUCACCAGGUUUAGUUUGCAGUACGAGUGGUAUGUCUGGGAAUUCAUUGACUCAUCAAGGCACCAGUCAAGCAAUAUCACUGUAUAAUGCAUUUCUCAGAGGGAAACGAAUUGCACAAGAAGCUCAGUUAUCUUUAGUUCCGUCUAUAUCGGAAACUUUUCCGACAACAAACACUUUUCCUACUUCUCCUUCUCUUUCUGUUGCAACGAUACCUGUCACGUCGUCUAUUCCGCUUGUCACCUCAAACGUGUCUUCGACAACCACGCCGAGUCCACCAAGCAUAUCCACACCUCCUGCUGUUAUGGCUAUUUCUCAGCCUAUUACUGCGAGUAGCGAUGUUAGCCAAAAUACCGCUAUAAGUGAUCGUCCGAAAGCGAAACCUGUUUCCAAGAAGGAGGGUAAAAAUAUUCGAAAAGCUUCGUCCGGUGUAAUAGGCGGAAAGUUGCAGCAACAACAACAGCAGCAGCAACAGCAGCAACAACAACAACAGCAACAGCAGCAGCAGCAACAGGCAACCUUGAUGGCUGGUCUUCAACAGCAGUAUCAGCAGAAACAACGACAACAUACUUACCAAGUUCAACAGGUACAUCAGCUGCAACAACUCAAUCAACAAUUACAAUUACAAUUGGAUCAAGUACAGGUACAGCAGCAACAGCAACAACAAUCGCAAACUCAACAACAACAACAACAGCAGCAGCAGCAGCAGUCGCAACAAUUACAACUGCAGCAAUCACAGUCACAACAACAACAGCAGCAACAACAACCUGGAGUAGUAACUGCUAAUGGAAAUAAUAUACUCAUGCCUACUCAAUUAAUGUCGCAUCUCCAUCCUACACAUGCUCAUCACCUUCACGACCAACAAGCGACUCAACAAAAUCUUACUGAGCAAACAGAUCCUGAAUUAGCAAGAUUACACCGAGAUGGAGCUUGUCCUUUUGUUGCUGCUGCUCAAAAAGCAAAGGCGCUUUGUACUAGUGAAAGCGUCAUCAAAUUGGAAGAUGGCACACAUAUUCCUUUAGACGAUGCUUUUGAAAUAUUUCGAUCAAUUAGUUUCGACGAUACCGUCGAUGCGACAGAAGAUCAAGAGAAACUUGAAUUGAAAAGAUUAGAAGUGUCGGCUGGUAAGGAUCCUCAGCAAUUGCAACAACAACAACAACAACAGCAGCAGCAGCAGCAGCAGCAGCAACAGCAACAGCAGCAGCAAGUGCAGCAACUACAAAAUUUGCAAACCACUCAAAUAGUUCAACAGGCAGCCAGUCCUUAUACUUCUCAAGAAUAUUUUACUAAUCCGGUGUCAUCGGUACCGUCUGUUUCGUUACCAACUUUGCCUUCUCUUCAAGUAACUAGUGCUGGUGUUCAAAUACAAGCAGACAUAUCAGCGGGUUUACAGUUAACCGGUACACAACCCUUACAAAAUCAACCGUUUAAAGAUGCAUUAACAGUCUAUCAAGAAGGAUAUCUUCAGGGUCUUCGAUGUCAUUUUCAGCCACAAUUAUUACUCCAAUCUUCGGAAAUAACAUUUCCCACGCAAGCUUUACCUACUGUAACCGAAGCGACAGGAAUAAUAGAUAAUAUACCUCAUCAACCGAAUGGUUACGGUCAAUCGACAACAUGUAGCACCAAUCAAGUUCAAGUUGCUACUCAAACUCAAGCACCAGCAACAACAACCGCGGCAACCAUUGUUGCUUCGGAUAAGAAGCAAGUUUAUACAGCUCCAACUACCGGUAAAGGAAAAAAAGGAAGAUAUCCUCUUUUACCGCAACAACCAUCGUGUCAGCAACAACAAACUGCCAAUACACAACAGCAAACUCCUAAUUUUCCCACUCAAAAUUAUCAAUUGGAUCCAACAACAGUUGCCGGUCAAUACACUACAGGUGUCCCAACUGUUGGUGGUUAUACAACUAGUCAAGUACCACCUGCACCAUUUUCUUGCAUGGAUGUGGAUUCCGAAACGGAUAGUAAUCACGACACAGCUCUAACAUUGGCAUGCGCUGGUGGACACGAAGAACUUGUUGAACUUUUAUUAAGUCGUGGCGCAGAUAUAGAGCAUAGGGAUAAAAAGGGGUUUACUCCACUUAUUUUAGCAGCAACGGCGGGUCAUCACAAAGUGGUAGAAAUUCUUCUGAAUCAUGGAGCCGAUAUAGAGGCUCAAUCCGAACGUACUAAGGAUACACCAUUGUCUCUUGCCUGUAGCGGUGGUAGAUACGAAGUGGUAGAUCUUCUGCUUAAUCGGGGUGCUAACAAAGAACAUCGCAAUGUUUCCGAUUACACACCUUUAAGCCUUGCUGCGUCCGGUGGAUACGUUAAUAUAAUAAAGCUUCUUCUUAGUCAUGGUGCUGAAAUUAAUUCUCGAACUGGUUCGAAAUUAGGUAUUUCUCCUCUCAUGCUUGCCGCUAUGAAUGGUCAUGUUGCUGCGGUGAAAUUAUUGUUGGAUAUGGGUAGUGACAUAAACGCUCAAAUAGAAACUAAUCGUAAUACCGCGUUAACGUUGGCGUGUUUUCAAGGCAGACACGAGGUUGUUAGUCUUCUUCUCGAUCGUAAAGCUAAUGUAGAACAUCGAGCAAAGACUGGCUUAACACCAUUAAUGGAAGCAGCUAGUGGAGGAUACGUAGAAGUUGGACGUGUCUUACUUACUAAGGGAGCAGAUGUUAAUGCUACUCCUGUUCCAUCGUCUCGCGAUACUGCCCUUACCAUUGCUGCUGAUAAAGGACACUGUCGUUUCGUAGAACUAUUGUUGUCAAGGGGAACUCAAGUCGAAGUGAAGAAUAAAAAGGGAAAUAGUCCAUUGUGGUUAGCAGCAAACGGUGGACAUUUGAAUGUUGUUGAUUUGUUGUAUCAUGCUGGUGCGGACAUAGAUUCACAGGAUAAUCGCAAGGUUUCCUGUUUAAUGGCUGCUUUUCGUAAAGGACAUAUAAAAGUAGUUAAAUGGAUGGUAAAUCAUGUUACUCAGUUUCCAAGUGAUCAGGAAAUGACAAGGUAUAUAGCUACCGUAAGCGAUAAAGAAUUGUUAGAGAAAUGUCAGGAGUGUGUAAAAGUGAUUCGAGCAGCAAAAGAGACUCAAGCGGCGAAAGCGAAUAAAAACGCGACAAUAUUGCUGGAGGAACUCGAUAUGGAAAAGACAAGGGAAGAAUCGAAAAAAGCGGCGGCCGCUCGUAGGCGGGAGCGAAAAAAGAAAAAGAAACUAGAGAAAAAAGAAGAGAAACGUAAAUUGCACGAAGAAUACAAAAAGAAUGAAACAAAUUACGAGGACAAAGAGGAAAGUGGAAAGAAAUCCGGAGACGAGGAGUGCGAUAGAGUGGAUGAUAGCGAACAUGAAACUGGCGACGGUUGCGAAAGAAUGGACAGUAUGCCGUCACCGGUUAACAGAAGUCCGGAAGAUCCUGACAGAGAGGAAGGUGAUAGCGGUAUCGAUGCGAACAGCCAAGGCAGUUGUAGCAGCAACGAUGUUAAAGCUAGAGAGAAAAAGAAAGAUAAAAAGAAAAAGAAGACCAACAGUCCUGCUACUAACGAGAAAGAUACUUCUCCGCAAAGAUCUCCAAAGUCCGUUAUCACACAAACUGCUACUUUGUCCCAAAAUUCCAUCACGCCGACAAAGUCUCAAAAUAAUACAUCCGACAAAAGAAGUAUGAUUAACAGUACGGGCCCAGUGUCUGUGUCCAUAGCGUCCACUACGACAACUACCAGAUCCUCGACCGUGAACUGUACUGAACGUAAAUUAAAAGGUCAGCUGGUAUUCGAAUCGUCGCGACAUCCUGCCGAUAGAGAAGAUUUUGAGGCGACUGGAAAUGAAACGUAUAUGCCUGGUAAGGGCAAAAAGGCUUAUAGUAAUCAGUACGACGGAGACGCAUUGAAUACUUCCACGAAGUCAAACAAUACGACUAGUCCUAAGCAAGGAGGCAAGCGUGAGGAAGGUUGGAAAGAAGUUGUACGAAAGGGACAGUCUGACGAUUCGGGGAGAUUCAUGAAUUCACCAUUCCGUUCGAAAAAAGUUUCCGUUCCACCAAAUGCUAUCAGUCGAGUUAUUGGAAGAGGUGGGAGCAAUAUAAAUGCCAUUAGAGGUGCAACAGGAGCACACAUUGAAGUCGAAAAGCAAAGCAAAUGUCAAGGCGAACGAAUUAUUACAAUAAAAGGGUCAUCGGAUGCAACAAAGCAGGCCCAUACAUUAAUAGCCGCACUGAUCAAGGAUCCGGACGUUGACAUAUUGCAGAUGCUUCCAAAAUCAAAGCUUACAGUUGUUACAACUUCCUCUUGGGAUAAAACCGUCUCUACCGUAGCUUCGAGUAAAGCAAAACUGGGUGCUGUAAGUAAACCAUCUAGUCUAAUGUCCAGUUCCAAUAGUACGCAAAUCAAUAAAUCUAGUUAUACACCGGGAGUUUCGACGGUGAAUCAGUUGAUUCCACUCCGGUCAUCGUCCGCCAUAAAACUCGCUGGAGCAUUUCCAACACCCCUGCCACGUGCAACAGCACCAAGGCUCGUAGCCGCAGCUGAGAAACGAGCCCAAGCUGUAGCUGCUCAGAUGGCUUCUUCAUCGUCGAACACGAAAACAACAAUGUCGUAUACGAGUGCAAUUAUGACCGCUGGUCGAGCAACGAAAAUCGUGACGACAAGUACCACCCAAACAUUUGCGGCGAAAUUAUCCGAAAUCACUGCCUCGACGCAUACAUCUACCACCGUAAUGCAGUCCACUCAUACAACGGUAAACAAGCAAAAAUCAUUGCAAGCGAAUACUGUCACUGUCAUGUCAGCUACGGCUGCAGCAAUGGCUCAGACUUCGUCUCAACAGUCUAUAGUCAGUACAUCGCCGAAACACUGCCGACCACUGCCUACUUUGUCUGCCCCGCCAACUAUGGUCUCUCAUUAUUCUGGAAAGUCUACUUAUUCCCCUGGAUCUAAUAAUACCGCUGUAUCGUCAACAACGAGCACCGGAGUAGCAGCAUAUUGCCCGGAAAAUUCUAUUACCUCGACUUGUUCGAACGCGACAGUUCGUGUCAGCCCGUCACCACCGGUAGUAUCGCAGUGUCAACAGUUACAGCAGCAACAGCACCAGCAGCACCAGCAUCAACAACAACAGCAGCAGCACCAGCAACAACAAUCGCAGCAGCAGCAAGUUCGUAGCACGACACCUAUCGCUCCAACAAUUCAAGAACAUCAGCAACAACAACAGCAACAGCAACAACAACAGCAGCAGCAACAGCAGCAGCAACAACAACAACAACAGCAGCAGCAGCAGCAGCAGCAACAAACAAAUAAUACACCUCUGGAAUAUUCAUUGUUUAACGAUACCUUUACAAAAGUCACCCAGCAAUCAAUGUGGGGUGGUCGAGAAAAUGAGUCUCAAAAGGGUAUGAAUUUUGCUACUGUAGCUGGUGGCGGAGUAUCCGUAAAUACAUCUGGCUCAUCCUCGUCCAAAUUCAUCGACAGCGUUCCCCCUCAGGUGGAUGCUUCGAAAGCUCCUGGAUAUCGAGGAACAACAAUGUGCUCUCCUGUCUCGAGUAAAUCAAACAACAAUACGACGAACGCAAACGCGUCUAACAUAGGAAGUGGCGGCUCCUCGAAUACUGGCCACAAUCCCAUUCAACCGCCACAGUUUCAAUCUUCUGGAAAUUACAACGAACAUCCUUUGUCGAACAAGCCACCCGGUAGUUUGGCGGUCGCUCGACCAGUGAUUCCGCAACAAAGUAUCGAAAUGAGCGCAGCUAUGGGAACACAGUACAACAGGCCAGUAUUUCAAGGGGAGUUAACAUCUCGUAACGCGAGCACCCAUCAAGCGCACGUGAUUGCAGCGUCGAGCUCGCAAGCAACGUUGGACGUAGGUUUGUUCAAAGGGAAUAACGUUGCUUACGAGCACCCGAACGUAAACUCAAGCUUAUUGAAGAUGGUACCGAACGAAGCGGCACAGGCUCAUCCUCUUCUACCUUUCCAUCCUCAUAUGCAGAACUUCACCCAAACAAUAGCAGCGCCAUCUGCUUCGGUGAAUACCACUGUCAGUAUGUCUAGAUUAAAUCCGAGGGCGCCCGAUUUCUCUAGUUCUUUACACUUGAACAGUAAACCUCAAGUAACAAUGUUCAACGCGGGUUCGGCUGCGGGAAUACAUCCGAAUAUGUUUGCCACGGUACCACCACCUCCUCCAUCCGCGAUCCAGUCCAAUAAUUUAGCGAUGCUCGGAAACUUUCCUCUAGGAAAGUAUCAACCACCAUCCCGCGCCACUCCCAAUACCGGAAUCUCGACGAACGGGCAAACUCGUUGGCCAUUCGCUCCGCCGCACAAUAAUUAUCCGCCGCCUCAUCAAGACCCCAUGAUCGGUCAAAUUGGCUUCUCGAAUCAUUUGGCGAACAUGACCGCACAACCUGGUAGCAUCGACUUGAUCACCAGUUUAGAGAAUGGUGGUUCGCCGGCUAUAUCGCCCUCUUCGCCGGCACAGGUGGCUCAAGAAAUGAAUCCAUUAAAGAUAGAGGAUCGAAAAGUACCACGACCGAUCGGUACAGAAAGAGCAUGGAAAAAUUACGCGACAGCAGGAAUGGGACCUGGCGGCGACGCCGAUUCCAUUAAUUGGAUGUUGAAUAACGAAAAACUUGUUGGAUCUUGGGCAAAUUUGGCUCCGGGAAUAGAUAGGCAUCAGAUGUUUCGAUCCAACCCAGCUUACAAUCGUAUAUCCAAUGUUGAUGCCGAACUUCAUCAAAUGAUGGAAUCAUCCUUUCAGGGUCAUGUGGAUACUCAACAACCGUUCCCAAAUGGUAGCGCUGCAGCCCUCUCACUGAUGCCUGGAUUAACUUUAUUACCUGGUCAAUUUGGAACUCCUGCUCUAACAGAAAUUCCUCCUAACGAAGCAAACAAAAUGGAUGCACCAGCAUGGGGAAUACCAGAUGCCGUACAAGAUAAACAACACGCGGCAUGGAAUAAAUGGGCUCAUUAGAAAGAGAGAAAUUUUUGUGAAGACAACUUCGUUUUCUUUCUCGGAUGAUGCAAAAUAGGACCUGGAACUUGAAUUAGUAAAUAGAUGAUGGAACGGGAGGACGAAGCAUUGUUUUUAGGCACUUAAAUUACAUUACUAUCCUAAUUAUAUCCAUUACAAACACAGAUUCGAUUUGUCAUGCUAGAUGAUAAGACGAUAAAUCCUUACUACAACUUAAUACUAUUAUCUAGUAUAAUUAUGCAAUACAAAUAAUCACCGGAUACGACACGAAACAAUUUAAGAAGAAGAAGAAGAAGAGAAGAAGAAGGAAAAGGAGAAGAAGGAAAAAGCAAAAUAGGAAGAACGCCGGUGGCGGUAACAGCGAAACGGAACAAAGGAUUUUUAUCGUUUGUGUUCUCUCAUCGUCUUCGAUCUAUCUUCGGCCAUGCUACUUGUAUACUCCAGGAUCGUUUUCGAUCGAUUCGAUACGCGAAAUGCCGACGGCAGUUUUCGAAACUUCUUCCCCUUUUUUUUAUUUUCAUUUUUGCCGGAUCGACUUGCCCAAUUUAUACGGGACUUGAGUCUUAUACGAUCGUUGCGAUAAAUUCACGUACCAAUUAUUAUUACGUCUGCUUUGGCUUUCACAUACCCUUUAAUAGUACAUCUGAAAUUAGAAUGCUAUUGUCAUAUUUUUUUUUUUUUUUUCGUUCCUUCAAUUUCGUGUACCGAAUUUAAAAAAAGAGCUUUGUUUCUCAAUCGUCUCUAUGCGCGUGUCGGAAGUAUGCGUUGCGAAGAAAACAAAGGCUUAGAUUUGCCACGCGGACAACCGAAUGAAAUACAUCAUAUUAUGUUAACUAAAUGAUAAUAAUAACAAUAAUAAUAUUAUUAUUGUCGUAUCAAAGAGCGUUAUUUCUGUGUUUGGGGAUCAAAUAUUAAAGGAAAUUAUAAACGUAUAAAGGAACAAAAUUAGGAAAUUGCUUCCAGCUUACCAAAAGAAACAAACCAUACAACUAUUGUUCCCUUUCUCCCCGUUUUCCUACUUUUACUACAGUUCUUUCGGAGUCGAACUUUUCCUUUUCCUUUUUCAUCGCGUUAUGUCGUUUUAAAAAUAGGUCAUGUUUUCGUUAGAGAACCAAUUUUGCAAAUUGUUCAUCUUUUUUGUACAUUUUUAUUAAGACACAAUGGAGAAGAGGAAAAAACGGUACAUAGUAGCUAUGAAUAUUGAUUACGUGCAACUACUCUACGUACGAGAUUUCCUUGUGCUUUUUUUAAGUUUAUCAUGUGUAUAUAUGUACAUAUGUUAUUCCUCUCUUGGUUCCUGCUUACUAAUUCGAAGCACUGAACGCAUCAAUGAUAAAAACAUUAACAUAAAUAACAAGCGUUCAACGAAAAAAAAUGUAAGGAACGAAAAUGUUUGCGUUAGAAUCUGAAGAGGAGCAACGGUAAAAGACGGACGAGAAAAGAACAGAGCAAGGGGAGAGAGGGGAAGAAUGCAAUGGAGAUCAUACAUCGAAUCCUAUUCAGAUCAAUGAAUUGUAUGUAUUCGUCGUUGAUAAACACAAGUAAUGGAUGGCCGUUACUCGAAUGAACAUAAUGCGUCCCUAGGAAUAUGUAGUCCUAUACCAUUAUCGAAGAUGAUCGAAGAGGAACAGACAGUGUUCAUUCACGUGGUUUAGCUUGCGCUCGGUAAGGUGCUGCUCCAAGUAGCCAACUCAUACAAAAAGUAGGAAUCUGCCCUGUUUGCUUCUAUUUUAGCAUGUACAAGAACCCAUCAACUUUCAGGUUUCAUUUUAGCUGUGCUAAAAGAUUAAGUACGCGCGAAAUAAGAUAGACUCGAAUUAAUCCGACUGAACCCGAUCUAAUGAGUAUUCUAAAAAAUAUAUAUAUAAAUAAAUGAAAAAAUGAAUAAAUAUUUAAUAAAUGUUCAAAUUUUCAUACAGAAAAUGCUGCUAUGAAACAGUAUGUAAAUGUUUUCCAUAAAAGAAAUAAUAAACAAUUGUCGUAUCAUAGAAAAAUGUUUAAUUUAGGAGAUAAGCUUAUACAUUAAUAAUACCACGGAAACAAAACUUAUAACGUCUGAAAUAGAGAACAUUUUCAUAACAUUCAUUAUAUUAAAUAACAAAUUAUAAAAAAAAAAAUUCAGAGUUUCUGUAUCUUAUUUCUUCGUAUUGGCUGAACAAUGAAAAAUUACCAAGGAAACUAUGAGAUAUUUUAACCAUUGAUACCCCGUAAAUAAAGAAUAGAAAAAAAUGUUUCAUUUAUUGUUUACUGUUCAUUCUUCAGCCGAAACGAUCGAAACUCUACGACUCAUUAUAUUGUAAAAAUAAUAAUAAAUAUUUACACGUGACACAUUUAUACAAAAAGUCAGUACGUGGAAAAAAAAAUGAG